AUGAUGAUGAUGAUGAUGAUGAUGAUGAAGAUGGUAGUGAUGAUAAUGGUGAUGAUAAUGAAAAAAAAAAGAACGAAGAAGGAUGAUAAUAAGGAUGGUGCAUUGACCUUGAAAUUGUGUCGCCCUAUUGUUCCCUCCGCUGACUGCACAACCUCCGUUGCCGGGGUUUACCUAGCGAAGCGACGGACCGCCAACCACCCGUGUCCAGUGUGCGGAAAACACUACGUCAACGAGGGUAGUCUUAGGAAACACCUGGCCUGCCAUCCUGAGACCAGUCAACUUAGCACAAGCCUCAGGAUGUGGCCGUGCUCGGUGUGCCAAGCCGUCUUCACUCACGAGAGCGGUUUGUUGAGUCACAUGGAGCACAUGAGAAUGGACCCGAAGCAUCAGUUCGCGGCGCAAUACGUUUUAAGUCGCGCCGCCGCCGAGAGGCGGGAGAGAGAAAUCCUCGCGUCUUCGAGUCUAGGUGCGGGAUUGGGUGUUUUGGGAAGUCAAGCAGGCGGACCUCAAAAUUUACAACAACCACCAAUGUGCCCUUCGCCGUCGGCUCAUUCGGACAGCAGCAGUGGAAAUGGAAGGUUAUCGUCGGCCGGUAGUGAACCUGGUACCGGUCUGCUGAACAAUAACAACAACAAUAACAACAAUAACAUGGCGUCGCCGGGGCCGAGUGGCAACAAGCUGAGCGAGAUGCUGCGAGCAGGAAGUCAACCAGGCUCGGUGCAACAGUACCACGACGAGAUGCAGUCGCAGCAACAACGUAUGGCAGUGAUGGCCGCCGCCGCGGUGACAGCGGUGUCGCCGAAUUUAUCGCCGGUGGAGAUGGCGUCCCUGGCGGCGGCAAUGAGGAUGGGCAACAACGGUGACAUGAGCGGUGGUGCGCAAGGAUCAACGGGGCCGCAGCAGCAGGGAGUUCAAGCAACCGGAUCGGAACAGACUCUGAGAAUGCAACAGGCGGAAGCCUUGCUGCGUUCUCAAGCCGAAGCCGCGCUCAGGCUGGCUGUGUCGCAGGCAGCAGCGGCGGCAGCCAGUUCCGCGGUUGGCGGAGACGUGAGACAUCAUUUGGGACAGCACAACGGAGGCAGCACCUCCGGGAUACCUGGACAUCACACGAACCAGCAGAUGUCUCAGCAAGAUAACAUACCGCCCGAUAUUGACGAGUGGACCCCUUGGACGUCGGAUCAGACGGGCCUGCAACAGCAAACGCUACAAGGCGUUGAGCGUCCGAUAACACUCAGCGAGCAGCAGCAACAAGGUUCGUCUGGCAUCGGUCUUCAUCCCCAUCAACAGCAGCAGCAGCAGCAGCAGCAGCAGCAACAGCAGCAGCAGCAACAACAGCAGCAGCAGCAGCAACACCAACACCAACAGCAUCAACAGCAGCAGCAGCAGCAGCAGCAUCCUGAAGGUCGUGGUGUCAAGAGGAAGGCCGACGAUAUGAUCGGUAACUCUGACAACGUGACGACGUACAUCGACGAUGAACCGUGCGAACCGUUUGUCGUCUUCUGCGUCGAUUCCAGCACACUCGGGCGUCCAAGCGAGGUCAUCCGCGACAUUACUCCUGUCUCAGUAGUAAAAAACGAACUGUUCCAAUCGAAUCAACGAGGCCCUGAGAAAUCAUCGGUUUCUCAGGAUCUCGACGAAGAGAGUUUUUCGUGUUUUCACUGA